AUGUCCCGGACACCUGAUCAAGUCACUGUAGAACUUGGCACUAUUGGGUCCAUGACAUUCCAGCUGCUGCAUAUUCUACCAUUUGACUCUGUCAGAAAAAGGAUGUCCAUUGUAGUUCGCCAUCCGCUGACAAAUAAGGUUGUGGUGUACACAAAAGGAGCAGAUUCUGUUAUAAUGGAUCUCCUAUCCCCAACAUCAGAUGAUAGCAAAACAGACGUCUUGCAAACUGACAUCCGAAAGUUAACACAAAGUCAUUUAGAUAAAUAUGCCAGAAGUGGACUCCGCACUUUAUGUAUUGCUAAAAAGGUGAUGAGUGAGGGAGAGUAUGCUGAAUGGUUACAGUCCCACUUUCUAGCAGAGACCAGUAUUGAUGACCGAGAAGAGCUGCUGUACGAGUCUGCCCUCAGACUGGAAACCGAUCUUACACUACUUGGGGCCACUGGAAUAGAGGAUCGUCUUCAGGAAGGAGUUCCAGAUACAAUAGAGUCCUUGAGAGAAGCUGCUAUUAAAAUCUGGAUGCUUACCGGGGACAAGGAAGAAACGGCGGUAAAUAUUGCCUAUGCCUGCAAGCUGCUGGAACACAGUGACAAGAUUCUGACCGGAACUUGUGAAGUGUUAAUGAAUCACAUGAUUGCUGAGAUUGAAAGCCAUGUUAACUCAAGUGACCCUUUGAAGAAAGAGCAGCACUUUGCCUUAAUCAUAGAUGGAAAGAGCCUGGAGUUUGCACUGCAGGAAGCCCUACAAAAAAGGUUCCUCUACCUCACCCAGCGAUGCAGAGCUGUCAUCUGCUGUAGGGCAACUCCACUGCAAAAAAGCCAAGUGGUUAAACUGGUCCGGAAUAAUUUGCAGGUCAUGACUCUAGCCAUAGGUGAUGGUGCCAAUGAUGUGAGCAUGAUUCAGGUAGCUGACGUUGGGAUUGGCAUUUCUGGCCAGGAAGGCAUGCAGGCAGUGAUGUCAAGUGACUUUGCAGUUUCUCACUUCAAGCACCUGAGGAAGUUACUGCUUGUUCAUGGUCACUGGUGCUACGUUCGCCUUGCCAAUAUGAUUCUAUACUUUUUCUACAAAAAUGUUAUGUUUGUGAAUCUUCUUUUCUGGUACCAAUUCUUCUGUGGUUUCUCAGGAACAGCUAUGACAGAUUUUUGGAUGCUAAUUUUGUUUAACCUGGUCUUCACAUCUGUGCCGCCAAUAAUUUACGGUAUUCUCGAUAAAGAUUUGUCAGCAGAAACCCUUAUUGUGCUUCCAGAGCUCUACAAGUCAGGACAAACCUCAGAGGCUUACCAGUCAUCAACAUUCUGGGUCACCAUAGUGGAUGCUUUCUACCAAAGCUUGUCGUGUUUCUUUAUUCCUUACUUUACUUAUUUUGGCUCUGAUAUGGAUAUCUAUGCUUUUGGGAGCUUCAUCAUAACAGCAACUCUGUUUGUGGUUUUGCUACACCUUCUAAUUGAAAGCAAAAGCCUGACAUGGAUUCACUGGACAGUGAUGAUUCUCAGUGUUCUCACCUACUUUGUCUUCGCCUUGGCUCUUUCGGCAGCUUGUGUGAAUUGUAUCCCACCUGCCAAUGUAUACUGGAUCAUGCACACUCAUAUGGCUGACCCAGUGUUCUAUCUUGUGUGUAUCAUGUCUGUAGUAGUUGCACUUUUACCAAGGUAUGUAUAA